GGCCCCGCUUGGCCGGGCGGCUAUUUCUGAAGACGUUACAUAUGCUUCUUUAACACAGCUGAGGACAUUGAUCAAUUGUAGAAGCAAACCAUGGCUGAUGGGGCAAAACUGGAUCCCGAAUAUGAAUGUCCCGUCUGCUGGAAUCCAUAUAAUAACACCUUCCGCACCCCCAAGCUCUUGGAGUGCCGCCAUUCAUUCUGUAUGGAGUGCCUGGCACGGAUCAGCAUCGCGACGCAGGUCAAUAACCACUUGCAGUGUCCUCUCUGCCGUCACACAACGAGCCUCCGCCUGAACCGGCUGAUCACGGACCUUCCGACCAACACGCACAUCCUCAGCCAGAUGAAGCUGCCCCCACAGCAGCAAGGACGCCAUCUUUGUGUGAAGGACGCUCGGAGGCUGAACGUGUUCACGCGUCCGCCAUCUGUCUACACGCUUGGGGUGGAAUCGAGAUCCAUGGCUGGGACUCAACUCACUCAACCCCAGACCCCUCUCCCCACCAUCCCCAGCGAUGACUCUUUCCGGCACUGUUUGCGCAACCCGCAGUUCCGCAUGUUUGCCUAUCUCAUGAUGACCAUGCUGGUGGUCAGCUUGCUCCUUAUAUUUUCCAUCUUCUGGACUCGGAAGUUCUUCUGGGGUCCUGGGUGACCAUUGUGAGCAGAAGACGGCUGUGGAUCGGAAAGGACCGGCUUGGCAAUGAUUGGCCACCAAGUAGGGGCAGCGGAUGCUGGUUCGUACUGCACGGA